UGAACCCUGCCAACAUCUGCAUCAUCGUCUCUUAAAAUUAACUUGCACUCGCCCUCCUCACAUCAUAUCUGUACAUCGAGACCUGACAGAUAGCUCGAAUAAACAUAAACAGCCAUGGCCCCAACAGCCCCGACCCCAGGCAAACGCCUCUCGGCCCGCGAAAAAGCGCUGAAGCGCCUCGCCGACCCCCUCCUCCCGCGCAAGCUCCACCGCGAGAACAACGUGGUGUCGGACUCCUUCAUCGACUCGAAAAAGGACAAGCGCACCAUCAAGCACAACGCCUUUGUGUCGCGGAUCGCCAAGACCGUUCCCGGUUCAUCUGGCUCUGGCUCUUCUCGCAAACUCAAGCGGAGGCGUCCCUCGAAAAAGCUGGUGACGACGCUGGAGAGCUUGGGCGAUGUGUUGGGUGAAAUCAGCAACGAGAUCAGGGAGGACCAAGAGAGCGGCAAGACGAUGGAUGCGCAGCAGGAAGCGAUGGGAAGGGUGAGGCAUAAGAGCUUGAAGACACGGCCGGGGGCGUUGAAGAGGAAGGAAAAGGUGGUUAAGACGGAGAUGGAUCGGUUUGGGAGGAGUUUGGCGCAGUUGGCGACGGUUAAGGAACCGGCGGCGGCGGCGGCGGCGGCGGCGGCGCCUGCGAUGGAGGUUGAGCAGCAGCAGCAGCAGCCGACACAGACACAGGGGGCACAGGCGACGACACAACAACCGGCGACGACGAAUAGGUGGGCGGCGCUGAGGGGGUUUAUCUCUGCUACUAUGGAGCAGAACCCUGCUUUCUUGAAGACGGCAUGAUCGUGUCGGUCAAUGCCCCUUUAUCAUUUUGAGGUCACUUUGUUGUUGUUGUUGGGAAUUUGGCGGCGUUGGAGAGGCAUACAUGUACCAAUUCUAUAUCAUUUUUUCGCUUCAAUCUUCUACGUAAACUAAACAGUACAUAUUCACCUGCUCCAGUUCGUUCCAUGCACUUUGAGUGAGACGACAUUGCGACCUAAGGAAGAAUGUGAGACAUAAAGAGUCAUGAUUACGAGUACCUCAAGUACAACGAUCCUUGAGUAGAAGAAAAAGAGAGAGAAAAAAAGGAAGGACCACGUUUCUUGACCAUAUACAUACGCCUGAAAAUAGGCUACAAUGCCAUAAUGCAAAUAUUCCCCAUCUUAUGCUAGAUAUUCCGUAUAAAGUUCGGGCGUCAUAGUACCCCGGGCUCUCAACCAAGCCACGGGAGAGCUCAUCCUUUCGAAUCAUGAUUUACUUGGUUUCUUUUUCUUUUCAAUCAUGCCUCUCCCCACUGGGAAUGAUUAUGUGUGGUGUUGAGUGCUUCACGGCUCGUAGCUUGAACCCUAACGCCUAAUAACGCCUCUCCGUCAGUCUGACGCCGCGCUUUGUGCUGAUGACCCCUACAGCGCGGGUGGUCGUCCAUCUCGACGCUGUGACCAAAAAAAGAAAACU